AUGUCCUCGACCUGGACAUCUUUCACAUCUUCAGCGGCGACAGCGACGUCGUCGGCUGCAGCAGCUUCGUCCUCGACCGUCGACGGCACGGCGGGAUCGGCGCAGCAGCAGUACGGCCAGUCGCUGUCGACCUUUGUUUCUUCCAUCACCGCAUCGCUCAUUGUCUUUGGGGUCGAACUCUGGCUUUUUGCAGUGUUGAGAAAACGUCUGCGUCGUGUGUAUGAGCCCAAGACGUACGCCGUGCCGCGGAGACAGCGCGUGCCUCCCGUCGGACGCGGUCUUAUCGACUGGCUGUUUCCCACCUUGUUCAUGCCCGAGAACGAGUUCAUCAAGAAAUGCGGCCUGGACGCAUACUUCUUCAUGCGCUACCUCUCCAUGCUCAUUUUUAUUUUCUUCACCGCCUCGAUCGUCGUCCUUCCGGUCUUGCUCCCCGUCAACUCUGCAAACACUUCUUCAGGAUCGGCUACCGGCCUCGACAAGCUCGCGUGGGUCAACGUCGGCGCCACGGACACGCAGCGAUACUGGGCCCAUCUCGUUCUCGCGGUGUUGUUUAUUAUCUUCCUCUGCGCUGUCUUUCACCACGAACUAUCGGCCUACGUCCGUAUGCGUCAGGACUACCUGAUCUCGCCCACCCACCGCCUGCGCGCCUCGGCGACAACAGUUUUGAUCCGCGCCGUGCCCGAGAAGCUGUUGGACGUCCAGCGCAUCGCGACCGUGUUUUCUGUUUUCCCAGGUGGCGUGCGUAACGUCUGGAUUAAUCGCAACAUGCAGCCUCUUCAGGACAAGAUCAACCUGCGCAACGCAGCCGCUGACAAGCUUGAGGCGGCCGAAACCGAGCUGAUCCAAAAGUGCGUAAAGGCGUACAACAAGCAACAGCAGAAGAAGGCAAAGACCGCUACCUCUGCACUGGCAAGUGACGACGAGCAAAACCAAAGCGACGUUGCGGAAACUGCAAGCAUGGACCGCACGACGUCGAUCGAUUCUCAGGUGACUGCGAGCCAGCCCCUGUCAUCUCAAAGCAACGAAGACGCAGCUUGGAAGAAGUACAUCAAGCCAAAACACAGACCGCGUCAUCGCGUGUCGAAGGUCUCCUGGCUCCCCGCGCUCCCUCUCCCCGGUCUAUCGUACAAAGUCGACACGAUCGACUGGGCGCGCGACCAGCUCGAGCAGCUCAAUCUCGAGAUUGCGGAUAUGCAGCAAGACGAGACGGUUUACAAGCACAUGCACUCGUGCUUUAUCCAGUUCAACAACCAGAUCGCGGCGCACAUGGCGUGUCAGUCCUUGGCCUCCGAGUCGGCGCAGUACAUGGCUCCGCGCAUAGUAGAGAUCAACCCGAACGACAUCAUCUGGUCCAAUAUGCGCAUCAAAUGGUGGGAGUCGCAACUGCGAACGACUGGUGUUUUCCUGACGACCUGCGCUCUUGUCGUUGGCUGGGCGUUUCCGGUCGCGUUUGUGGGUAUCAUCUCGCAGCUGAGCUAUUUGACCUCGGCGCUGCCGUUCUUGGAUUUCUUGAACGAUCUGCCGGCUGCGAUCAAGGGUAUUAUUGCUGGUAUCCUUCCACCUGCCGCACUUGCGGCUCUUAUGGCUGUUUUGCCCAUCAUAUUGAGAGUGUUUGCUCUUCUUCGCGGAAACUCAACUGGUGUACAAUCUGAAUUGACAGUGCAGUCAUCGUACUUUGCGUUCCUCUUUGUUCAAGUCUUUCUGGUCAUCACAAUCUCGAGCUCAGUCACGACAGUCAUCCAAGACCUCACGUCGCAUCCGACCUCGGUCCCCCAGCUUCUGGCGCAGAAUCUCCCCAAAGCCGCAAACUUCUUCUUUUCCUACCUCAUCCUUCAAGGCUUGACUAUCAGCGCUGCGGCGUUGCUGCGCGUGGGUCCGUUGGUGAUGAUGAAGAUUGUAGGACCGGUGCUGGAUAAGACUGCGCGGCAGAAGUUCCAUCGCAUCACGCAGCUCGAGCCUGUCCGAUGGGGUACGUUCUAUCCGAUCUACACCAACCUGGGAGCGAUUGGCGUUGUGUAUACGAUUAUCGCGCCACUGAUCAUGCCGAUGUGUUUGAUUGCGUUCACGCUGUUUUAUAUCGCGUAUCGGUACCAGUUUAUUUACUGCACGUACAACCCUAUUGAUUCCUCUGGUUUGUACUUCCCCAGGGCGAUCAACCAUCUCUUUACGGGAAUCUACGUGAUGGAACUCUGCCUUAUCGGACUUUUCUUCCUCGUGCGCAACGAGAUGGAAGAAGCCACGUGCACGGCGCAGGCAAUCAUCAUGAUUGUCGUGCUCUUCAUCACGUUCGGAUACCAGUACAUCCUCAACCGGUCAUUCGGCCCGUUGCUCACCUACCUCCCCGUCUCGCUC